UAUUAGGUAUUGAUAAAUAUGUCUGGGAAAGUGUCGAGGCCUUACGAAAAUGUUCGCUGUCUUCUGGAGAAGCAAGUCGUUGUUUUGGAUAUUGGAGCAGCUUAUACCAAAUUUGGAUACGCAGGUGAGGCUACACCCAGAGGAAUAACAAAAACCGAGAUAAAAUGUACAGAAACCAAGAAAAUUCGUCCGAUUUUUAAAUACAACAGUGUCGAUGAUCUGUAUCAACUACUCGUUGAGUUUCUCCAUGCGAUUUUCUUCAAACAUGUUGUGAUAACCCCGAAGGAUAAGAAGCUUGUUGUACUGGAGAGUCUCUUGACUCCUACGAAAUUUCGAGAUACUCUGGCAAAAGUUUUGUUUAAACAUUUUGAGAUCGCCUCUUUGAUGCUUCUACCGAGUCAUUUGGUGACAAUCAGCACUCUUGGAUGGGAUACAGCUCUGGUUCUGGAUGUGGGGUAUCAGGAUGCUACUCUGAUUCCUGUCUACAAGGGGGUACCUGUGUUGAAAGCCUGGCAGAGCCUGCCACUGGCAGCUGAAGCUGUUCAUAAUCGAAUGCUGGAGCUUUUCAGAGAAUCAGUACCAGAGGUUGAUUUCAACGAAGAACUCAUUGAAGAUAUUAAAGUGCGAACUUGUUUUGUUACGAGUAUCGAGCGCUCCAGGAAACUGGAGAGUCAAGAACCCCCAGUUCCACCCCCUUCUGUCAAAUAUCCAGGAUUAAUGACCAUUACCAUUCCUGGGCACAUACGGGAGAAAGCUUUUGAAUUAUUGUGGGAAAGGGAUAACGAUAAUCUAUCAAUUCCAACAAUGAUCCUCGAUUCACUAGUGAAGUGUCCCAUCGAUAUGAGACAACAGUUGGCAGAGAAUAUUCUUCUGGUGGGUGGAACUGUUAUGACAAAGGGGUUUACAGCUCGAUUGAAGUCAGAGUUAAUUUCUAUUGCAUCGAGUAAUUUGUAUUGCGAAAAAUUGAAGAGCAGAAAUUUUAAGUUUCAUACGCCCCCUUGUAAACCGAAUUACACUGUCUGGUUGGGAGGGGCGAUUUUUGGAAUAGCUGAUCUACCUUCCAGGUGUAUUUUGAAAGAGAAUUAUCUGAAGGAUGAUCGAGUGCCCGACUGGGCUAGUCUUUUGUAUAAUAAAAAAGAGGGAUCUAGUUCUGGAAUUUAAAUUUAAUGGUAAUAAAAGAAUCAGUGGGGGAUAUUGGCACAUGAAAUUUUUCCUCGAAUUAAUAUAUUUUUUGUAUUCUUGAUGAAUUUUUUUUAUUCGGCUUUCUUCUGUAUUUACUCAAAACGCAUAAUUUAUACGAAUUUAUUUUUAAAUAAAUGUAAGUAAAUUAUUAAUGGAACCUUGAAUUAUUCCAGUCUGAAUGCACCAAUUAAAUUAAUUACUGGAAUUUAUUUCUGCUUCAUUCAAUACAAGAAUCCUGUAAUAAAAAAAAAA